GGAUUGGUUCGAAUGACAGUCCACGAGGGACACGCACACCCUUCAUGUAGUGAAAAUCAUCGACGAAUUGGCUGCAUGGAGGUCGUUGACAGUCCACUUAAUCUCGCCCAUCAGCAGUGCAGGAAGGCAGAUCGUUUCCUUGCUGCUGGGAAGUAUGAAGAGGCGAUUUCAUGUCAUGGCAAAGCAGCAGAUCUUCUGACGGAAGCAAUGAAGACAACGGACUGUCAACAGGCCCGCGUGUCUAUGGAGUUGCAGAGGGACAGGCAUAUCAAACAGCAGCAUCUUAUUCAAGAGCGCUGGAAGCGAGAAGCCCGUCGGGAGGCCACCAAAGCCCGGCCUGGUUUAGAACCGGCGUCGAAUUGCCCCGCGCUCCUCGUGCCGUCCCAGCCGUCGGGUCAGACGCAGCCCGAAGCCCCCGCAAAAUCCUCAACCGUAGCGCGCGGAGGAGGUACGGAGAGAGAAUACGACACUCUACUCUACCAACUUCAAACUCGACAAGUGGGAAGCCUCCAAGCUUUGAGACCUUGCCCCGGUUCGAAAACCAGCAAAGAUGAUAAAACUCGCCUGGAAGAACAACAGACCACCAUCGAAGACCUGAGGCGUCUCGUCGACCACCUGAUGGACGAGAACCAGCGUCUGGCCUCGGAGAACGAAAGGCUACAAUCGGAAAACGCGCGACUGCGCGCCGAGGCCACGGACGCGGCGGAGCGCUCCGAGCUCUGGGUGCUCCCUCAGCCCGGGGGAGCCGUGGCGACGGGGGGCAAACAGGAGAGGAAAAGCACGGGGAAAGGGAAGGAGAUAGCCAUCCCUCAGCUGCCCCCGCUGGAGAUGCCCGCUCAGGAAGAUCUGUGCUUGGAUGACCUUCCUCCUUUGGAGCUGCCGGAGGACAUUCAAAAUGAACUUCAGGAGCUGCUGGAUAAAGACAAACUGUGA